UAUUACCUGUAUUCAUUAUACAAGCAGUCUUUUAUAAUAGUUUGUAAUAUAUUUUUUGCUAAUGAUGAUAACAUUAAGUGUGAUUUGUUAUGUUAAUGUAUUAGCCCAAGUUGUUUUAGACAAAAACACAGACUGGAGUGGACCACCAUAAUCUCUUCUAUUAAUGGAAAACUCUUGAAUCAUAAAUAUCAUGUGUUUAAUUUGCUUCAUACCUUUUCCUCCCUUUGAUGCUAAUUACAUCCAUACAUUUCUUAACUAUAUUAUCUAUUGUUUCCCUGAAAACUAUUUAAAAUGUAUUGACUAACACUUCCUUCUUCAUUCUAGUUCUGCCAUUUAUAACAUUGUUUCGUUAUAACUAACCUUUACUAUGAGCGCUUUCAUUUUAGCAUUCAAAUUCCUAACUUCCUAUAACUCGCACUUCCGUGUCUGCUUUUGGCAUAUACUUUUGAAAUACACUUUUUAUCACUUGUUUUUGCUUUGCUCUCUGCUCUGGUCUCUCUCUCUUCUUUGGGGUUGUGUCUGGGUUGCCUCCCCUCCUCCCUGUGUUCCUCCCUCUCUUGCUGCCUCUGCCUCAGUGUACAGUCCUCUUCCAGCUCCUCUUGUCCCCCCCGGCUGCUCCGAUCCCAUGGCCGACUCUCCCCUCAACCACUCCUGGCCAUCCUUCUCCAAACUCUGGAUGAAGAGAUGGUCCUUCAAACGAGGCUCAGAGUGUAAGCCCUGCAUCACACCUCGUGUGUCUUGUGGCCAGUUCAGACCAAGUGCCCAGAACAGGAGCAGCUCUGCCUCUUCAGUGUCUCCUGGCUGUGUGGCUGAAGAUGUCUUCUUCGAGCCCACCACUGAGGACCAAGAUCGGUGUUCGGUGGUAAGUGACUAUGACUGCUUGACUGAAGAGGACACCUGCAGUGGUGACGACUUCAACUCUUCUCUCAGUGACUCUCAGUAUUUUAAAGACUUGGAGGAAGAAAUACUUUCGUUAUCUAUACCCACCACAAGUGCCACUACCCCACACCUCCCUACCCCCUCUGCUGCCCCCCAGAACGGUCAUAACCCCAAGUACAACCCCCCAUCCACAUGCAUUACCCAUUGUGACCUUGUGGUCACCCAGUUUCAAUCCAAGCCACUUUUCUCAGAUAUCUUUGACAGUGGUCCCUCUUCUGCUCAAGUUAGUUUGACCAUCAGUUUGAAUGGUCUAGUGGGAACCAUGGAGCCAACAGAUCCAGAAAAAGAAUCAGAGGAUAUGGAUUUAGACAAAGACCUUGACAGCUUUCCCACUUUGGUCCGCUCUAUGUCCACGUCUCGGAGGCACAGCUGGGGCAAUCCUGUAUCCCCCAUAAACCUGGGAAGAAGGCUCAGCUUGGACACUGCUACUGUGGACAGUGAUGGAGAAGAGGACAGACUCAACAGCAGCUUUCUGUCUCAACAGCCUGAAGAACCUGAAGAGGAUGAGACAGAUGGACCCAUUUUAAAAAUACUGAGAGCAAAGAAGGCUGGUGCUGACAGACAUAACUGCCGCUCUGAGAUCCUGGCCGUAGAUGAAUGUUCUCGAACUGCUCACAUCUCUCGUGUGGUACAGACUUCCAAACAGGCCGCCAGAGCUGCAGGAGAACCAGAGGAAAACCUGCAUUCACAAGAAGGACAAAGUCAUAUUGCAAAGCAGAGGAACAGCAUCUCAGACUGCAAAGAUUCAGGAAAUGUCACCUGGUAUGAAUUCCUUUCAAAUGAAAAUGAGGAGGAGGAAGAUCUCGGAGAAAAAGUGGAGAAGUGCACUCGCGUUAAGAGAAAGCUCAGCUCUCUCAGGAGCAGAGUGACUGGUUCCUUCAAUAAAGAUAAGGGUAAGAGUCGAGAGAAAGAGCAGCAGAGGGAGAGAGGGAAAGAGGUUAAAGAGCACCAGCGCAGUAGCAGUAUCAUCAGCAGUAACGGCCACGACUUGGUGCCGGGUGCUUUCUCCAGCUGUGCCACCUGCUCACUGUGCAGCAAAAGCCUGCAGAAGAAGCAUGGGCUGCAAUGCAUGAAUUGUGCUGUGAAUGUCCACAAGACUUGUAAGAGCCUGCUGACUGAAUGCACCAGUAACAAGAGAGACACUUUACCAAGGACUGGCUCAUCAGUGUCCUCUCAUUUGGCCAUUAAAGACAGAGAGCGUGAGUCAUUAUCGUCCCAGGCCCCGGAUGGCCACUCGACUUAUCCCAGUGUCCCAGGCAUGACCAUUCUUCCACGGGGAGGUCACACUCAAGCAGCUGCUGCCCACAGCACCAGCUCCAGCACAGCCUCUACCAUUCCCAUGGCCAGCCUCCGUCACCACAGCAGCUCGGGAUCCCUCCCUGGGGACAUGGAUGAAAUGGACAGCCUAAGAUCCAAACGUUGCAAUGAGGAUGUCAUUUCUCUUGCUCCCUCUACUGUGGAGUCAAUUAUUGUAGAAGAUGCUCACUAUGCAGCUGUGCGGGCUGAUCUUGAGUCUGAUGCUCAGGAUCUGGAGGCAGAGUCAUGGAGUUUAGCUGUUGACCAACAGUUUGUCAAAAAGCACUCCAAAGAUAUUGUAAAGAGACAGGAUAUCAUUUAUGAGCUGAUGCAAACAGAAAUGCACCAUGUUCGAACCUUGAAAAUCAUGUUGCGGGUUUAUGUUCGUGAGCUGAAGGAGAGUCUUCAGAUGGACUCGGGUAGAAUUGACUGUCUGUUUCCUCGUUUGGAAAACCUGCUGGAGCUGCACACAUACUUUUUAUCCCGACUCAAAGAGCGACGGCGAGAAAACCUAGAAGCUCCCAGUGACAGAAACUUCAUCAUACACAGAGUGGCUGAUAUUCUGAUCGCACAGUUCUCAGGUGAAAUAGGAGAGAAGAUGAAAGACGGCUAUGGCGAUUUUUGCAGUCACCAUUCUGAGGCUGUUGGCUACUAUAAAGAGCAGCUACAAAACAAUAAAAAGUUUCACAGCACCAUUCGGAAAAUCAACAAUUUGUCCAUCGUGCGGAGGUUAGGUGUGACAGAGUGUAUUUUGCUUGUGACACAACGCAUCACUAAAUAUCCUGUAUUAGUAGAACGGAUACUUCAUCACACAGAAGCUGGUACACAAGAGUAUGAAGAUUUAACCCAUGCACUGACUCUUAUUAAACACACAAUUGUGCAAGUGGACUCUUUGGUCAACCUGCAUGAGAAAACGACACGUCUCCGAGAUAUUUACAACAAAAUGGAGCCAAAGUCACAGGGAAAAAUCAAAGAUGGUCGAGUGUUUCGGCGGGAGGACCUUGCUCAGGGCUGGAGGCGGCUUCUGCAUGAAGGCACAGUCAACUGGAAAGCUGCGUCUGGAAGGCUCAAAGAUAUACUUGCUGUCCUCCUGUCCGAUGUAUUGAUUUUAAUACAAGAAAAAGACCAGAGAUAUGUUUUUGCGGCUGUGGACAAUAAGCCAUCAGUGAUUUCUCUUCAGAAGCUGAUUGUUCGGGAAGUGGCCCAUGAGGAAAAAGCCAUGUUUCUCAUCUGUGCUUCAUCUGAUGAACCAGAAAUGUAUGAGAUCCACACCUCCUCAAAGGAGGAGCGCAACAUAUGGAUGACACACAUCCGGCAAGCUGUGGAAAGCUGUCCUCAAACAGAAGAGAGAUUAUUUAGUGAGGAGGAGGAAGCACGAGCAUCAAGACUGAAAGACUUUCAAGAGCGUCUGAGCCAGAAGGAUGCCGUGAUUGUGCAGGCUCUUAGUGAGAAGUUGCAGAUGUUUGCAGAAAUAGCAGAGUCUGUAGCUGGAGUGGAGGACACAGCCUACCGUUCUCGACUGCUUCUCCGUGGUGAUGGCACAGACCUCCUGCAGGGGGAGACACUUCUCAAAGGAGCUAUCACUGAAGUGGAGAACCUGCAAAACCUUUUACAGUCUGGAGUGAAAGAAGAAUCACACAGGCUGGAGGAGAUCUCUGGGGCUCUGCCCAAGAGAGCAGUCACCUUUGGGGGCUAUGACAGUACCUCAGCAAUCCUCCAUAACAACGGCACUGUUAAGACUGGUGAAAGUAAAAACAGAGAUAGGAGUCAGAGAGCUAGCUCUGACCCACAGCUCAAAGACCUGUGCGGCAGCCACACACUAGAAGAGAUGGUUGAUGAGAGUUGUUGUUCACCUCCGAGAUGGAACCGGAUCUGGAGUGACUCGUUCCCUGAGGCUGAGUUCUUCGAUCGAGUGCUCAUGCUCUCUCAGAGGCUUUACAGCUUGCAGGCUAUCAUUUCCCAGCAGGACAGUCAAAUCGAGAUGCAGCGAGCAUCACUGACUGAGCGUGCCUCUUUCCCGAGCCGCUACCGUGGUAACUGUCUACAAGAGCAAGAGAAACAGAGAACAUUAGCUCUCCAAAGAGAAGAACUGGCCAAUUUUCACAAACUACAAGCUCAGCAUCGACAAGAACAACAGCGCUGGGAAAAGGAGAGAGAGAAGCACCGUCACCAGGUGGAGGCCACAGAGUCCAAGCUACGGCAGAGAGAGGAGGAGUGCAAACGGCUGGAGGAACGACUGGCAGAAGAACGAGAAGAGCUGGAGAGACAGAGGGAGAAGUAUCAGGAGGAUCUAGAGAGACUGAGAGAGUCGACUCGAGCUGUGGAAAAAGAGAAAGAGCGCCUGGAACACCAGAAGAAGAGCAAGAGGAAGACCAUAGAGGUCAUGACCUCUGUGGUUCCUCUGUCUGGUAGUUUGAAUGGUGUGUCCAGCCCCACAGGCCUGUCUGAGCUCAAGGGCCUCAGGAGCAGUGUGUCUGUGGCUCCAGCUGAUUUCCCCGAGCGCCCUGAGGUCACUCUGCGGAGAGAAGUGAGCAGCUCCACCCUGAAGACGGAGGUCCCUCUGCACCUGCUCAGCACCACCAACCAGCACAAGUCUGUCAGUGUGUCCCAGCAGAUCCCCACAAAGCUGGCUGCGCUCAGCAGUGUCAAGGGCAGUAAGCCUGGCAAGAGUGGAAAGGCCUCUCAUAGGUCGGACAGCUCAGUGUCGAUGGAUAUGAAGCAGAUGUUGCCUCUGAAGCUGUCUGCUCGAGAUGACAACUCCCUGAAGGCCAAACGCUCCAUCAGCCCCCACCAGCCCCUCACUGUGUCCACAUCCCCUCUGCCUCACACUGAUUCGCUGAGCCCACCGGACAGUGCAGGAUUUGAGAGCCACUCCUCCUCCCUUCUCAUCGCUCCUCCUGGGAAUACCCAUAAGCCCCCUCUGCAGCCCACCAUCUCUGUUCAGUCCCGGAGCUCUGGCUCCUUUCUGUACCAGCCCCAGCAACCCACUUUUGCUUCCCAGCCACCCACCCAGCCCACUGUGCCCCCUCCGUACCAAGGCACCACAGAAGACCUGAAAGAGGACGUCAUCUUUUUCUGAAGCACAAACAACACAUUCCUGCAUCCACCACAAGUCUUAUUCUGACAUGGGUAAAAAUAUCUGAAUAAAGUAGUGGCCGUUUUUAGCUUUUGCCCGUUGUUGCUUAUGCACAGGAACUGGAGCUCACCGGGGUUUGUUGUAUUAACUGAGGCCAAUUAUAAGGAAGGAUUUUUGUAUUCAAAGAUGUGUUACAAGAGCUGAAGACAAAGUGAACACAAACGACUCCAGUGCUGGUUUGGAUCACCUCAAAGUCUGAGUAAUCCAAGUUCAUUCUCACUCCAACUGCUUUUAUUUGCACUGUGUAAACACUCCAUUCCCCAAUAAUCUGGUCCGCUUUAGUGGAUAAGACUGUGUUUGUCUUUGUUGUACAAUUGCACAAAUCUAUGAAGGCUCAUAUAUCAUUAUGUUCUUAAUUGUGACUACCCCUGAGGGCUAAAGAUAUCCUCUUAUGAAGUACACUGGUUUCAGCAACACAAGGAUUUGAUUCUUUCCCAGGCUCUUGCAUAGGGAUUCCAAAUCACUUUUUACUCCAGUUAAGAUUGGCUUUGGAAUUGAACCAUAUGUUAAUGAAGGAUAUAAUGGGUAUGUUUCCACUGCUAAAACAAACUAAUAAAAAGAUUACAGUGGCUGUGUUUACAUGCACACUUAAAAUCUGAUCUAUCUGAUUUAUCUUAUAUCUUAUCUCAUCUUUCAUCUGUCAUGUAAACAGUUACAUCAGAUGUGACUCAUCUGAUUUCUUUCUGAUUAUUCAGAACUGUACAGGCUUUGACAAGGACAAUAAUGCAAAAGGCAAAGACAAAAAUUAAUGUUUAUUUUAAUUUUAAAAUGAAUUAUUAUUCAUUGUAAUUUGGCUUCCAACUACAACAGUUACUCUACAAAUCCAACGAUUGACUGUCACCAGGUGUUUUUGAUGAUGAGAUUUCUGUUGUGCAUGAAAACAUAAAAAUCAGACCUCAUUAUUGGGUAAUCUGAUUAUUCUAUUUAUCUGUUUCUGACCAUGUAAAUGUACCCAUUGUUUUCAUGAUGGUUUGGUUUCCCAUGUGAUGUGUAGAUCAGCUGGAUCUUAAGCAGCUUUGUGUAAAAUAUGUAUACAUUGUACAUAGCUUUUGUAUUUGUGUCAUUCUGUCUUAUGUCACUUGUUUUAUGAACGAGAUGCAAACAUCAGCCAAAACUGUUGUUGAUUGCACUUGAUUACACAUAUGGCUGUGUAUGUACGAUGAACCACAAUCACUUAGUGCUGUUUAAAGGAGUAUGUUUUUUCAAAUGUACUUACAGCAUUGAAGCUAAAGUGCACAACUCUGGUACUAUGACGUGUGAUGUUUUUAUUGAUUCUUUCAUGUAUUUGGUUCAGUUAAAACCAAAGCUUUGUGUAUUUCUUGUGUAGCUCUUACCCCAGAGAAGAUUACCUUCUUAAACUUGUAGCUAAUUGAAGUAUUUUUCAAAUCAUCAUCUGUCUGCCAUAUGCAUCGAGAAUGUAGUAUGUAGGAUCUUUUAUGUACUGAUAGCCUCUUGUUUUGCAUAGUCACAGCAUUGGACACUUCUCUGAUUCUUGUCUGAUUAUAAUUUAUUUCUGAUUUUAAACUCACAAAAGCCAGUCUGUCACAUCACUGUUGUGUUACUCUGACACUCCAACAUUUUGGACCUGUACCUUGUAAAUAAUCAUGAACUUAUUUUAUUUCCUUGGCCAAUCCACACUAGUCACUUUGGAUAGUAGUAUACUUGAAGGCUAAAAUGAAUGUUUUAUUUCUCGUUUUUGUCAAUCUUUUAUUUACCAAGAGCUGUCUAAUGACUUUGUAGCACACAGCUGAAUUUUUUAUUGUUUAAUUUUAUUCACUGAUAGAACAACCUGUGGACACCAACUUAAUUUAGACAAACUUAAAAAUAAAGUACUUGAAAUGAUA